GAUGAACCGGACUCGAUUACACAUCAACACCAAAUGCCGAAGGUCGCGCCUCCCGAAGAACUUUUGGAUUACUCGGAAAUCAUCAAACAGACUUUGAAAGACGAUCACCUAUCGCCAUCGAUCAAAUCAAUGCUUAAAUAUAACUUCAAGGAAAUCCCAACUGCAUUCGUACGCGUUUUUGAGUUUCGUCCAGUGGAUCGAGAUAUGUAUCUGAAAUGUUGCAAAGAAGAUUGUGAUGUUCAACCGAAAACAAUGAUGUGGCUGAGAGCAAAAGAGAACAUUGUAUUAUUUGUUUUGCAAGGCGAUGAUCCAAGAUUGCAUCAGUGCGUUGCUGCCUAUAUAUCGGAUUGUACGAUGCUUGAAACGGCGAUUAGACCACAUUCAAUUCGUGGCUUCAUACCGUCCAUGGCAUUCUCGUUGGAUCACUGCAUAUGGAUACACAAUUCGAACUUUCGGGUUGACGACUGGAUGCUCUAUGAAAAUAUCAGUCCCAUUGCACGUGGCAGUCGAGGUUUCAUAGAAGGACGACUCUGGACGAGAGAUGGCAAGUUGAUAUUGUCAAGCACACAAGAGGGACUUAUUCGUUCAUCUGGAAAACCGAAAAAUGAUUCUCAGUAA